CUGUCCCUAGGACUCACUGCUCACUAAAUAUUUGCUGAAUCAUUUGGGUUUUAUGAAAACUGAGAGUGUUGAACCAAAUACCCCAUAUAUACUGUGAACUCAAGGAAGGGAGUCGCACGAAGAAUGGCUUUCUUUUUCCCCAGUUACAGCUGAAACGGACUCUCUGUCUGCCUGAGUGGACACUCCCCAACAAUCACUUGGAUAGAAGGAUAAGGAUGAUGUCCACGGGAACAAAGCAGGCUCAGCUGUUUCUAUUCAGUUCCCACAGGAGGUGCCUAGACUCGUUUAUUUUAGCAUGCUUAUGAAGACAGUAUCAGCUGAAGCCACAUGGAGACCUCAGAUCAUUCAACAAGUGUGAGCACAUGGGCUUGAAUUAUGGACGUCCUGUUGCAGUUUUCUGAGGCAGGAUCCAGGUGCCUGAAACCCUUCUACAACACUCUUUCCCCAUAUUUACCCCUGCUUCUUCAGGCCUCUAAUGGCAGUUAUACCUGGUUCAAGUGGAAUUGUUCACGUGGCCCCAUCCUCCCUGGGGACCAGAAUACAUGGAAGGGUGGAUGGGAGGGAGGACGAACGAGAGAAGACUGGAUGAUGGGUGAAUGAUGGAUAGAUGAAUGGAUGGGAGGGAGAGAGGUGAGAGAUGGGUGAAUGAGUGAACUGACACAUAAAUGGAUGGAAGGAAAUAUGGAUGAUAGGUGGAUGAAAGGUGAACGGAUGGGUAAGUGGAUAGAAUGGAUGAGUAGACAAGAACAGUGAGAUGAGCUAGAAAGGGGAGGAGAGGGAUGACUGCUAAGGUGGUUGCAUGGGCUGGGGAGGACAUUUUUCUGUUUUCUUGUUGCAAACAGAAACCUUUGAUAAUGAGUCCAGCCUCUACCUUUAAAGGGACCCAGGCUGGAGAAGCUAGCUGCUUUGCCCCCAGCCUUAGGCAGGUGCAGGCACAGCCUUAAGCUGGGGGCGACUCGCCCGCCCUAAACGCGGCGCCUGAUGGUGCCAGGGUGGGGGGAGCGCCCCGCCCCCACCUCCGGAGGUGGCGUCCCACGCGGCCGCAACAAGCUGCCGUUGUCCCGCGGGCCGUGGGCCCCGCACACUAGGGCUUUGUCCGGCCCCCCGCCACGGCCCACGGGGGAGGGGGGCCCACAUGACCGAGAGGGUAGGAGGAGCCGGCGGCGGCGGCGGCGGUGGCGGCGGCAGCAGCUCCAUCACUUCCCUCCGGGGCCGGGGGUCAGCGGGCGGCGGUGGCGACUGGACAGGGCUAAGCAAGGUCGCGGACGCUCGGCCCCUGGUUCUCCAUCAGACUGCAGGCUCCGGGCCUGGGCCAGUAAGGCAGCUGUGAACCUAGCGCUUUCCAGGCGCUGAGCUGGGCGUGCGCCCCGCCACCCUGCCUCAGGAUCAUGGGAAAUGGCAUGACCAAGGUACUUCCUGGACUCUACCUUGGAAACUUCAUUGAUGCCAAAGACCCGGAUCAGCUGGGCCGGAAUAAGAUCACGCACAUCGUCUCUAUCCACGAAUCACCUCAGCCUCUAUUGCAGGAUAUCACCUAUCUUCGAAUCUCAGUGUCUGACACUCCUGAGGUACCCAUCUUUGCAGGUAUAUCACGAAGUACCACCGUAGUGAUCGCCUAUGUGAUGACAGUGACCGGACUUGGCUGGCAGGAAGUACUUGAAGCCAUCAAGGCCUCCCGGCCCAUCGCCAACCCAAACCCGGGCUUUAGGCAGCAACUUGAGGAGUUUGGCUGGGCAAACUCCCAGAAGCUUCGCCGGCAGCUGGAGGAGCGCUUCGGGGAGAUCCCGUUCCGCGACGAGGAGGACUUGCGCGCGCUGCUGCCUCUCUGCAGGCGCUGUCGCCAGGGUCCGGGGACUUCGGCCCCGUCGGCCACCACAGCGUCCUCGGCCGCUUCCGAGGGGACCCUGCAGCGCCUGGUGCCGCGAUCGCCGCGGGAAUCACACCGGCCGCUGCCGCUGCUGGCGCGCGUCAAGCAGACUUUCUUCUGCCUCCCCCGGUGCCUGUCGCGCAAGGGCGGCAAGUGAGCGCCGUAUCCGCCGCUCCGCCCGUCCUGACGCUUCAGCCUUCGCGGGCGGCGGGGCUUCCCGCAGCUGGGACGCACCCAGAGCUCGUGGGAGCCUCGCCCCCGCCCCGUACCCACCACGCUUGUCUGCGUCCGUCCUCAGUGUCCGCUCUGUGAGUCUGUGUUCGGCCGGCCUGCUGCAAGCCACUUGGUGCCUUAGACUCGGGAGAAGGAUCCUGGGCCUCCACCCUGACAGGCGAAAGCGGGGAGCAGGAGGGAGGAUCGGGUGGGACGGACCGGCCUGGAGGAGAUUAAAGAAGAAUCUUUAAAGACGCAGAAGUUGCCUGGCCCAGUGCCUCUGUCAUUCCGCAGAGCUUGGGCUCCAGGGCCUGCAGGAGCAGAGCAGGAACAACUUCCAGAGGCCCGGGGAAGCACCAUUCUCCACCAGUCUCCAGAGCUGAAAUCCAAGACCACGCCCUUCUUUGACACCAGCCCACGCCCCCUCCAUCUCUCAGGGGCCUGGACUUCUGACACCGCCCUUGUGCCCCUUUUCUCCCGACCCUUCACCUCUCCGAAGCCCCUUCCUUUUCUCUAAUUCUCCUUCCCUCUCUGCACAAAUAACUGGUCAGUGUGGUCCAAUUGGUGGCGUGGCCUUCAUGUCACCGUUCACUGUCUGAGAUGGCUUUAUCCUCAGGGAGAACACCCAGGCUCAGAGAGGUCGGGCAGCUGGCCCAAGCACACACAGCAAGGGCAGAUCAUUCCCAGUUGUGACAACAGGGAGGAGGUUCCUGGAGAGAAAGACCCAGCAGGAUGCAGGGGGUGGCGGGACUCUUUUUUUUUUUUUUUUUAAGGUAACCAAGCCAAUAAAACAGUAACCCUAUGGGCAAACAGAGGAAUGGGUGUCAUCAGAGCUGACGACUUGAAAGAGCCCAAGUAGACUCUUGGGACUUCGUAGCAGAUGGAGAGGCAGAGAUCUCAGCACCGAGCUGAGCGAAUGGUGAAAUGAGGACACCAACCUCCAAUUCCUCAUGUACUCAAGUGUUCAAGCCAGCCGUGAGCCAGGUACUGUGCUGGGCCCUGGGGCUACCACAGUGAGCAAAGAGCUGCCUGUAUGCUGCUGACAUUCUAGUGGAAAACACCAGAUAAAAAAGGGGGUAAGGGGGUGGAACCAUCUUGCAUCUGGCUGGGGGUGGGAUGGGGGAGCAGUACAAAGGCCCUGAGUUAGGACAAUGUGAAGCCUGCAUCCUCCUCCUGAUUGGUUGGUGGCACUGCCACCUGGCCACUGUUUCCUAACCCUUAGCCACUUAACGAGCCCCUUUGGUGUAAUGAUCCAGAUGCUUCCCUAGCCGAGUAUCACCAAUACACCUUAUCGUAACAGUGAGGGCUCCCUCCUAAGGACUCUGUCACUGUGCUAAACACUGCAGCUCAGCCGAUCCUCUUCCCAUCCUCCCUAACAGUGCCCCAGGUUAUAAGCAGAAGACAGGACUCAGAUGUGAGCUCAGACUCCAAUAUGACUGCAGGGUCCACUCUUCAUUAUGAUCUAGAAAUAUGAAAGGCUCCUCUGACACAGGGGAGUCGACUGCUUAGAAGGAUAGAACACCUCAUAUUGGCUUCUAAAACUCCAGCCCCAGUUAGAGUAUAGAUGGGAAAAUGUCUACUGACUUUUAUUCCUAGUCACCGUUCCCUAAACAAUGUAUCAGGCACCUGACAUUUGCUUCACAUUGGAAGUAUUUUUAGAAAAGGGUUCAAAGUACAUAGGUGUAUUCUUGCCGGUUCUGUGUAAAUAGUCCACCACUUGGUUUAAAGGAUUUGCCAUGCAUUUCAACAUUCAGUGGGGUCCUGGAUCCAGCCCAACUUAAAUGGACAACUAAUUAUUACUCUUGUUAAUCACAUGAAAUACCUUGUGCCCAUCCCCCACCCCCUAGUUCACAGGUCUGAGUGACCCUGACUGCAUGAAUAUCCUGGGACAGCUGCUGGUGUAUGGGACCGAGAGGAGGAGGAAUAAGAAUGCCCUCCCACAGAUGCUUGUGAAGGGAAGACCUGACUCCCCACAUCUCUCCAUGCUGGCUUGAACAGCCACUGCACCAGGGGAUUUUUUUUUCCUUUCAGAGCCUCAGUUCCACCCCAUAUACAGCAAGGUCUGGGGCAGCCUGAACUACUCAGCAUAUUUCAUAAUGCAAAUAUUUCUUCAUAAUAAAAAACACAGACCCUAAA